UCUAGUGCUUAGAGAGAGAGAGAGAGAGAGAGAAAGAGAUAAAGAGAGAGGCCGCUUUGGAUUUGCGGGAGAUUAGGGACUGUGAGGAUUCUUCGAUCUUCAGAUUCUCCGCUAGGGAUUCUGAAUCGCUUACCUGCAAGUUGUUCCGUUUCGUAUCGUCCGCUUAUUCCACCAAGGGGGCCGUGGCGGCGGAUUUGCGCCACCGGUGGUUUUCUAUGGGAUUCUGAAGAGUGAGUUUUUUCAAGAAGAUGAUUUUGAUACUUCAAACGGUAGCUUAAGAGAUACUGCUGUCAUGUCAGAGUCUCGUCAAAGGCCUCCUUUUAAAGGCCCGAGAUGGAUUAUCACUUUGGUUGUUCUCGUUGCGGUUGUUGUCAUCACAGCAUUCAUUUAUCCUCCCCGGAAUUCUGUGGCGUGCUACAUGUUUUCUGGUCCUGGAUGUCCGUUAUACCAACAGUUUUUGUUUGUGCCUUCGAGGGAAUUGACUGACAAUGAAGCUGCAGCUCAAGUUGUGAUGAAUGAAAUCAUGAACCUGCCUCUAUCUAAGACCAAGAAUCCUAAGAUAGCCUUCAUGUUCUUAACACCAGGGACGCUUCCUUUUGAGCCUCUCUGGGAGAUGUUCCUUCGUGGUCAUGAGAGCAAAUUUACAAUCUAUGUGCACGCGUCAAAGAAAAGCCCUCUGCAUACAAGCAGCUAUUUUGUUGGUCGAGAUAUACACAGUCACAAGGUUUCUUGGGGUCAGAUAUCCAUGGUUGAUGCAGAAAGAAGGCUAUUAGCUCAUGCUCUAGUUGAUUCUGAUAAUCAACACUUUGUGUUGCUUUCAGAUAGUUGUGUACCUCUUUUCGACUUUAACUAUAUCUAUAAUCACUUGAUGUUCGCAAAUCUCAGCUACAUUGAUUGUUUUGAGGAUCCUGGACCACAUGGAUCUGGUCGGUAUUCACAGCAUAUGCUGCCUGAGGUUGAAAAGAAGGAUUUUCGGAAGGGCUCGCAGUGGUUUUCAAUGAAGAGGAGACAUGCUAUAGUCGUUAUGGCGGACAGCCUUUACUACACAAAAUUCAAGCUUUAUUGUAGGCCAAAUAUGGAAGGACGCAACUGCUAUGCAGACGAGCAUUAUUUCCCAACUCUUUUCAAUAUGAUUGAUCCAGAUGGAAUAGCAAACUGGUCGGUCACACAUGUCGAUUGGUCCGAGGGGAAAUGGCAUCCGAAACUGUACAAUGCAAGAGACAUCACUCCUUACCUCAUCAGGAAAAUCAAGUCCAUCCAACUUGCUUACCAUGUCACAAGCGAUUUAAAGAAAGUGACGACUGUAAAACCGUGUUUAUGGAAAGGAGAGCAACGUCCAUGUUAUCUAUUUGCUCGGAAGUUUAAUCCUGAAACUCUGAACCGGCUGAUGUACCUCUUCCCUAACUACACCUCGAUGGUAUGAAAGGCUUAUCGGAUUCUCUAAUUCUCAUGUUUGGUCUUUGUUAAACUUUUAACCAAAGCAUCCGCCUUGUGAUAAAUAUGAGGACCAUUCAGCUAUUUAAAGUUGGGUUUGAGCCUGGCACAGACAAGAACAAUAACUGAUUUGGUGUUAUUGAUUUUGUUUAUGGUUAACAAAACAUUUAGCGUGCUAGCAUAUUACUUAAACUUUGUAUUGCGAUUAAUUAUGUUAUGUAAUGUCUCUUUAGAUAUUUUAGCA